ACAUCAAGAGAUCCAUUGAAUCCUGGUAACCCCUCAGAGACAGCAGAGCAAUUCUUCAUGUACAUGUCUGUUGUUGUCAUUGCAUGAGGCUCUGUGGUGGCUGGUCAUUGGUCGCCUGGGAUUCACAGUCUGAAGUGGAAGGUGCUCUGCUUGUGGACUUCACCUGCCUGCAUCCUUCCUUCCUUCUUCCUUCUUCCCUGAUCUUUCUUUGCUCGUCUUCUGUUCAAGGACCUCAUGGAAAAAGCCCCUGCCUUCAUCAUCCACAGCCUUGAUGUCUCUCCUGAUCUCUAUCGACUCUAUCAUCCUCGUGGCUGAAUACCAAGUCAUUCGUCGCAUUAUCUAUUCUUGACCUUCAGAAUGUCGACAUCUCCCCAGAGCCGUCUCAAUCAGUUGUUUGGCGAGAUCGCCCUGCCAGCCACAAACCCUCCUGAUCAAGUUCACUUCUCAGAGCAGGAGUUUAUUGACCAAGCCAUCAAGAACAAUCCUCCCAAACAGCCACCACCUACUUCUCCUAAACCACCUACAGCACAACUGAACCAAACUGUACAAACCGCACUGAGCACCAACACCGCCCAGUAUUCCGAUGACGAUGACUACACCAACGCCUGGGUCACCAAACCCUCAAUGAGGCCCCCUCAAGUUUAUCACCAGCCCAUGCCCAAAUACUUGCCGACGCAGCACAAUGAGAACCACCAUGUGCUGCGCGGUGAGCAUGAUGACAACGACACGGCAUUCUCGUCCCAAAGAGAACAGGCACGCCCAUUGCUUGGUAGAUUCUGUCAAUUCACCCUUGCCGCGAAAUUCCCCUACAAAUACAUGGCAGACGUCGAUGAUCAAGUCUCCCGGCAGUUCUUUGCAAACAACCAGUUCUACAGUAGACCGUGGGAUCUGUAUUACAUUCAUCCUCCCUCCAAUCAGUACACAUAUAAGCCCAUCAUUCUCGUUCCAUUUGCCCAGAUGCAACAACUUGUAAACGAGAUUAGUGACGCUUUUCAAAUCGACGUCUCAGUCCCUGGAUUUCCGUUAACCCUGAAGUUCCGCGACGAUGGUACUCCUUAUCCAAAACGUCUAGGCACUUCUACCUCACGGGAAAUGGCUCGUCAGCUAGAAACUGAAAUCCCGCAACCCCCGGUCGGUCACGGCCAAGCUCCACCAGAUACAUCAGCUUCAGUGCAAGAAGCAUUUGAAUGCUUUCAACAAAUGUGCCACGAGGCGAUAACAGCAUGCAAGGGCAAGGGAAAAGCAGGACGUGCCCACAACAAAUAUGGCUCACCUGGUUUCUCCUCAGGCACCGGCCACGGGCUGCACAGUCUGCAUCAAGCCCAAAGAUACCUCGGCUUACGCCCUCCCAGCAAGAAACCGCAGUCCCCCAAAGAGAGUCUGCCAUCCAUCGAACAGGAGAAAGCGGCUGGAACACUCCUACACCGACUUGACAUUACAAGCCCACCAUCAUAUCCGUUUGAUAAGGCGCCGGUCCUCAUUUCACUGGACCUUGAGGCUUACGAGAGAGCUCACCAUCUCAUCACCGAGGUGGGAAUCAGCACCCUUGACACUCUCGAUCUUGAGGACCUUCCUCCCGGACCCGGUGCCAUCAACUGGAUUGAUCAGAUCCGAUCCCGUCAUUUUCGCAUCAGCGGCCGAGAACACCUGGUAAACAAAGACUUUUGCCCCGGUCACCCAGAUCAUUUCCAGUUUGGAAAAUCAGAAUUUGUUGAUGUGAAUGCCGUUGGAGGCGAGAUCGACAAAUGUCUCCAGUGGCCCUUCUCAGUCCAAUACAAACAUGCUGCUAUCAAAGACGACUGGAAUGCAGCUUCUCCAGCUCGCAAGCACACUGAAGCCCUUCUGAAUGACAACGCCUCAGAUGACGAGGGAUUCGGAGGAGUCAAGAUUGGUCCUACCAAUGAUGAACAAGAUACCGCCAGCAGAAGCGCGGCGACUAAUGUAUUAAAAGACAUUGGCGCCACGAAUUCAGUUCCCGAUAAGUGGUCGAUGCCGCCUGACCCUAUCAGCCAACAGCGGGGAAACAGGCAGCGCAACAUUGUGAUUGUGGGCCACGCCAUCAGCGCUGAUUUUGACUUUCUCAAGAAUCUCGGCAGUAAGACGUUCAACUCUUAUCUGGGACAUCAGUCGGUAAUCGCAGUGGAUGGUGACGAUCUGUCGACCAAUCCCCAGUCUCUGAUUAUCGAUCAACCCUUGGAUACAACCCAAAUAUACCGGGCCUGGAAACAGGAGAAAUCUCCCCGAAAGUUAGCAACAGUCCUCAAAGAACUGGGCCGCCCAUGCCAUUACAUGCACAAUGGGGGCAAUGACGCGAGAUACACUUUGGAAGCUCUAGUGGUCAUGGCUCUGGAGUCUAGACUGGAGGAAACCUUGAAGCUGCAAGACCAAAUUACCUGUGAGGGAGGGGCUCGUGGUAGACGAGAAGAUACACAGCCAGAGCCUAUUCUUACGAGCAAGGAGGAUGGGAUGGUUUCAUCGGAUGUUGAGCGCGAGGACAUCAACAGUCGUGCUAUGGAGAGCACAUUCCAUGGGCGGGCGAAAGGAUGGACCGAUGAAGACAGCCAAAGACUUCCUGCUAGCGUUACUGGGCAUGGCAAAGCCGUCUUUGCGACCAGCUUGCCCAUCGUCAUGAAGCCCAAGAAAGAGGAUCUUGACGACUUUGAGGCCGCGCUCUAUGCCACUUCCGACUCGGACUCGUGAGGAUACCAAGAUACGGUAAAGAGCUUGUCACCAUUGGAAAGGAGAAACGUGGUCAAGCAAAAAGAAAUGCUUGGAGCUUGGAUGUAAUCAUCUUGAACACAGAUUCCAACGCCACAUGCUAUGCUACACCAACUUGAUAUGCUGGCUUGAUCCCAGGCAUGUUCCCUCAGGUAUGCCUGUAGUAAUGUACAAAUUCAUGUUGUCC